GAGAAACGUUAUUCUAUUUUGCUUGGAAAGACCUGCUGAACUACCUGUGAAUAGGCGGGAAAAUAGAAGAUUAGGGGAUGCCCUUUAGCGCACCUACUUCAUUUUUACCCCUUCACCGUACAUACAUAAGUCAAACUAAGCCACUGCAGGUGACGAGUACGUGAUGUGACCUUAUCCUAAACCUGAAUUAUCAUGCAACUGCCUUGGUGGGAUUACCUACCGUUGGCCCUGUAGGCUCGAGCGUCUUGCAUUGGCUGAUUGGCAACCGGCGCUAAAUGUGUCAAGGGUGCAGCACCUGUAAUCUGUAAUAGGUGAUUUAAGUGAUUUACUGGUUAAUCGAUUCCCCAAUUUUAAUCUCGACACUUUCCCUCAAAACGAACUUCUAAUUUGUCCUUCCCUCUCUUUUUGCGGCGUCAAUAACAACGAGAAGAAAACGUACCUCGCUUCACAACGCACAUUAAAUUCUCCUUCGCCGUCAUUUUUGUUCACGACAACCUCCACCCUCUCCUUCAACAUUUUUAAAAACCCUUUUUUCAAACAAUCAACCAUCAAUACCGCAAUCAUGCCCGGCGUUCCUCUAGGUGCCCUUGACAACCUCAAGGGCAAGUUCAAGAAGAUCUUCGCUAAGAAGAACAAGGCUGGCAAGCCCGCUGAUAAGCCCGCCGACAAGCCUGCUGACGCCACCAAGACUGAGGCUGCUGCUACCCCGGCCGCUGGCGCCGCUCCCGCUGCGGCUCCCACCACCGAGGCACCCAAGGCCAGCGAGCAACCUGCUUCAGCACCUGCCGACCCCGCGGAAGCUGCUGCUGCUCCCGCCGCGGAAGCUCCUAAGACCGAAGCUCCUGCUGAGGCCGCCGCCGCACCCGCUGCAGCUCCCGCCGAGGCUCCGGCUGCUGAAGCCCCUGCUGCCGAAGCGAAGCCUGCCGAGGCCAAGGAGGAGGCUAAGCCCGCUGCUUAAGUCAACACCGUUUAUUCACAUUUUGUCCGCCCUCGAUUAAGUUAGUCCGUAUGACGACAUAUUUCGGGUAACACGAUAACGCUUGGACAAGUGAAGUUGGUUGGAGCUGCCUUUUGGCAUGGAUUAAUGAGGAUGUCACUAGAGGUGUUUUUGCGUUUUGUCAUUGGGCUACGAAGUAAUUGGAGGAUAUUCCCAAAGAGUUUUUAGUUUUAGUCGAGAGAUACCCUACCCCAACCCCCGUUCGAGAAAAUAAUGGAAUUGUUCUCGUUCUAAUUGUGCAAA